AUGGAUCAUAGAAAGGAGUUCGUGUGUGUAUUCGCAAAUGGACGAAUUUUUAAUGGCCCAGCUGGUGUAACAUUUGAAUCUGAUAAUGUGAAAAUUAUCAAAGUUGAUGAAAACAUUACCUUGGGCAAAUUGAAGCAAGUUAUUGGACGAAAGUUGCGACUUCCUCCCUAUCAAAACGUGACAAAUUUAGUAUAUAGGUAUCCUACAUGCAUAAAUCCACCACAAUACCAAGCAUGCAAUUUGGAAGAUGAUACAGAUAUAAAACAAAUGUGGCAAGUGACUAGAAGAUUUUCAACUCAAUUAACAUGUGCAGAGUUGUAUGCUAACAUAUGUGAUUUACCAGAUAAUCACCAUAUUGAGUCACAACCCAUAGGUGAUUAUGUCGAAAAUAUGCCCCCAUCAAGUAGCAAUAGGGUGAACAUGAUGGAACAAGAAUCUAUGUUUAGUGAUGACAUGGAAAGUUUCCAACCAUUUGAACUCCCCAUAGAUGGUGGGAACAUUAUAUCAUCAUGUUCUCUUCCUCACGUAGAAGAUAUCAUGGAUGAAUCAGAAGAUGAGGAAGAAUAUGAUUCUUAUUUAAAUGCUGGUAAUGGGGAUGAUAAUGGUGACAAUGACAAUGAAUAUGACGAGAUGAAUGAGCAAAAUCAGGUUACAAAUGCUUCCUUGUCACAAAUUCAUGUUGAGUCAGUUACAACUCCUGAAUUUGGUGAAUUAGAAGAUAUUCUGCAUGUUAGUGAUAAUGAAGAGUUAAAUGUUGGGAAAAUAUUUAGCAAUGUCCAAGUUUUAAGACGUGCAGUCAAGCUAUAUUCUGUUCAUGUUCAUCAUACAUUUAAGGUCUAUUAUUCUUGUAAAAAGUAUGAAGAAUAUCGUUGUGUUAACUAUGGAGAUAAUUGCAAUUGGAGAGUGAGGGCUUGCAAAAAGGAAAGCAAGAACUAUUGGCAAAUUACAAAAUAUGGGGGGCCUCACGUAUGCUUGAGCACGUCAUUAACUCAAGACCAUCCAAAGUUGGACGCAGGUGUUAUAUCAUCCUGCAUUGUGGCAAUGGUAACUGACAAACCAGAUGUGAAAGUGUCACAAAUUAUUGAGAGGAUGCAAUCAAUGUUUGGUUAUACUGUGUCAUAUAGGAAAGCAUGGAAGGCAAAACAAUUAGCAAUUGCGAUUGCCUUUGGAAAUUGA